GGGGAGAAUGGAAAUCAGCAAAGUUCCCGGCAGGCACCGCGCAAGGCUUGAAGGGGAAAAAAGUCGUUAGGUUCUUGGGAAAUGUCGUUUUCCUACGUACAGCGAUUCCAUUUAUAUACGCGAAGUAUCUGGGAGCAACUAUAACUCCCAUCAUUCCCCAGGCUCCCUUCGCAGAGUGAGUUUCCCCAAGAGCUAAAAGGGAAGGCAGCGAAGUUUCAUGCUUGGUAGUCUAAUCUAUGUCAUUUUUUUCUUGCGUGGUCGGAACAGAAAUUUGCUUUCUGCUGGAGAGGUUUUCCUUCCGUGAGCUUUUGGGGAUGUGCGUGUGCCCUUUGACGUUUAAUUUUUAAAUGGUGAUUUCCGAAUAAUCGAGUCUCUGUCACCUGUUUUGCUUUUCUAUAGCAAAACCGAAGUCAGGUGUAGAGUGCAGUAGAGCAUUGGUUUGCGUCUUCCAGAUCGUGAAUCAACCGGACUACAACAGCUUUCUCGACACAAGAGGAAGAAAACUGGGAUAGCCACAUACAAAAAGGAUCGAGUGUUUCAGUCUAUGCUUUUGUGAGAACUGAGCCUCCAGUCCUGUCUGAUGUGAUGGAUAGCAGAUGUUAUGGCUGUGCAUCAAAGUUUACGGUCUUCAAGAAACAGUGUGGAUGCAAGAAUUGUGGCCGAGCAUUCUGCUCCAGCUGUCUUGGAUUCAGUGUCAUUGUUCCACGUUGUGGAAACACUCAACAGAAGGUGUGCAAACGAUGUCAUGGGGAGUUAACCAGUGGAUCACCUCCGUCAAAUGCAGCUAAAUGGUCACCACCGGAGAACUAUAAAAAGCGUGUAGCAGCCUUUGAGGCCAAGCAGAAUCAGACACAGGCCCUUCAAAAAGGUUCCAUGAAAUCCCCAAGCCAAACAGACUCCAGAUAUCUAGGGUUGUCGAAAGAGGACCAAGCUAUAGCUGAAAGACUGGAGAGGCUCAAGAAGAAAGCAAAGCCUAAGUCUAUCCCAUCUCAGGCCGAGAUAGAGGCGAGGCUGGCGGCACUGAAAGAUGAUGCAACAAACCCCAUCCCAUCCACCCAGGAAAUGGAAGACCGUCUGGCUGCUUUGCAAGGCAGACCCCUUCCCUCCACAGCUCCCAGACCAGUACACCAGCACUCUUAUACCAGGACACAAGUGGAGCAGUCCGAUGACCUGCUGAACCAGAUGGCAGAGGAAGUUGGCAUCGAUGAGAGUGUCAGCUCAGGAGUUUCACCUCAAGAAGUUAACACACAGAUUUUGAAUGACUUAAACCGAAAUGAUGGUAUCGCCAACAUUGCCGAUCUGGAUCCCAAACAAUUGGAUGAGGAGAAGAACAGACUCCUGGCAGAGGCAGCUACUGAGCUGAGGGAGGAGAACACAAGGCAGGAGAAGAUUCUAGUAGUGGCCAAGCGUCUGGCAGCACUAAGAGGCCAAGACCCUGAGAAAGUUACUUUGGAUGACUACAAAUUCCCCAAUAGUGAUGAAGAAAUGGAGGAAGAAGAGGCCAUUCAGAGAGUUCUGAAACAGCUUACUGAGGAAGCAGCUCUGGAUGAAGCAAGUGGCUUCAACAUUUCUCCAGAACAAUCCUCCCAGCCAGGAACUGCACAACAGAAGCCAGCCAAGAAGACAAAGCAGGCACCAAUUCCAGCUGUUGUAAAAGCUCCCAUCUUGCCUACCAGAGUGUCAGACAGUGAUGAGGAAGAGUUACCCUGGUGCUGUAUCUGCAAUGAAGAUGCCACCCUGCGCUGCCAUGGCUGUGAUGAUGACCUCUACUGCCAGCGAUGCUUCCAGGAAGGCCAUGAUGAAUUUGAUCGGAAGGAGCACCGAACAUCUAGCUAUCGCCCUCCUUGCAAGCAGAAAUGAGUCUGUAGAUGGUGAGAAGAAAAAGAGGAAUGGAAUAAAGAAGAGCUACCAAAGUGGAACAUGUCCAGGAAGGUUUACUGUGGUAGUCAGUGGGCAGCUUAUUGGGCAAUGAAAGACAUCUCUGGAAUGCUGGAAAGUUUGGAGGAAAAGCUGCCAUCCCACACAAAAGUCAAAGCAGCCACUGUGGAGAAUGAUGGGUGUACUCGUCUUGCCUGAAGCUGGGUUGCUUUGUAGGUAAGCCAUUAAGGCUCAGGGACUGGAAAAUAUCAUGCUUUUAAAAGGUGGGGUUUUACCGUAUACAGUGACUCCUGAACUGUAAAAAGCAUACAAUGACAAUUGCAAAAACAAUAAAUUAUAUAUGAAGAUAAAA